CCUUCCAAUCCCCAUGGUCCGAAGCCUCCUAUCGUUGCUUUCGAAUUCCCGAGCCCUAGAAGCUGCAUAGCUUGACGCCGUCGAGCGGGAAAAUGUGCUGAGGAGGACCAAGACGAAGCGAUAAUGCUAGCGAGCGAUGUCACGGAUACUGCCUGACAAUGCCGACGUUGAAAUGCCUGCAAAACAACUCUCCUCGGCGUCAGCAAUUCAGCAUCGGAUGCUCGUUGAGCAGUCUUGAAGGGAAGAAAGAGCGGAGUUCGUGAACACGAAUUCUUGUGAAUUGCUUUGUAGUGGUGUGGGAUCUGUGCUCCAUGGCGGAGUGAGAGCUUCACGCGCAAUCGUGCAUGGGAUGGCCGGUGAGAUAUCUCUUUUUCUUUCGAAUCGGUUUGGAAAUUUUUUAGCUGGUAUGUGAGCGCAUGGAGGAAGGGGUUCAUGAGCCGUGUUGUAGAGAGCUUUGUUUGGGGAUUUUUUUUAAUAGAUUAUUUUAUAGAAUUUUUUUUCUCUCUUCUCUUUAAAUGCUCUGUGUCUCCCAUCAUCGUCUUCAAGGCUAAUGCAUGCAGGAUGAGCCGAGCCUUAGAAGCCUUUAGGCUUAAAAAAAGGUUGAUGUUAGUCUUAAGUUUUUUAUUUUAUUUUUAUAAUUUUUAUUUUUAUCGUAGUAGAAAUUUAGGCCAUUUUCAAUUGUAGUCUCUAGUCUAGUUUUUAAAGAAGCAGUUCUAUGGAGAUUGAGAGGUUUUGAUUACAUGAGGACGUUCUGGUAUUUAAACGAAGUUUAGGCGAUAAUGUGAAUACUGAAUCAGUGUUUUAAUUGUGGUUUAAUUUCGAGUUUGAGGCUAGCAUGGCAAGAAUGAAUGAUGAGAAAUUGGUCGCAGUCAGUUGCCGUCAAAUGUGAAGGUUCUGGAGAUAGGUGUGAACAAUGCCUGGCUUCUUCUUCUUCCUCUCCCAGCAUUGGUUUUUGUGUGCCACUUUGUAGUGAUUACUGAAGUACAGACCCCGUUCGAAAGAUAUUUCUCUUCUCUUUCAUUCAGAGACUGAUAUCUCAAGAAGGAUGAUAUGUAGCAGAUUUUUCUUAGAAUCCAGGAGCGUGUUAGCGAUGAUGGUUGGCCAGAUUGUGCACUUUCAGAUUUUUUCUAUUUGUUCGAGGAAAGCAGCUUACAGAGAAAAGAUUGAAUUGAGAUUGUUCGGCAGAAACUUCAUUCAACGGAAUGAAACCGAUGCGAGUAUUGUUAUUUGAACGCUGAUGAGCUUCGCUAUUCUGGAUUUGAUGGGCAACGACGAGUAGUGCCAUACUGUGCAAACCAAUUUGCAGUCGACACUCCAAUUAACUAUCAUGCAUGUGGCAGUACUACUUAACCGGGUUGAUGAUGAAAUUGAUCCACAGCAUGAAAGCUGCGGGAGAAUUUGAUGUCCUUUUUAAAGCUGCAUAUACCAAAGCACGCGCAUUCGAAAUCCCGGAGAUCCAUGUUCCAGGUGCUCUUAACUUUACGCUUGGAGAGGUCCAUAAUCUGGUGGUAAGGCUAUCGUCUUUCUUCCACGGCAGUUACAGCUAGAUUCUGCAAAAGAUCUUAAGUUCUUGAUAUUGCCUAAGCCUUUCUGCCUUGAUGUAGGUUGCCUGGAAUCUCAGGAGUCCUAAUAUUAUACGAAGGAUAUGCUGUUGCCGUACCCAGUUACCAAGGUUACCGUCUGUUAUCAUCUUAAGUGGUGAAGCAAUUUUACUGCUUUUGGAGAUUCAGUAGCUGGCAAAGCAUCUGAGGAGAUUCUUCGCUUCACGUUUUCUACACACAAGAUGACUGAGUGUUUUCUUAGAAACCUACUGUGAAAAUAGUGUGUUCUAAGAUAGUCUCAUCCGCAUGUUUUUCUCCAGGCCUCUUCCAUCUUGAUCGCUACAUUUGUAUGAUAUGAUCCACUUUAGCCAUCUAAGCAAUAGUUUGCAUGAUUAAGUUUGUUGUCUACAUGACACUAGUAUGCAGAAUUGUUUAAGCAGUUGAUACUCCAAGCUCCUUAAUGCUUGGCCCAUGUGUUUCUUGCCAAUAUUCAGUUCCACCUAACGCAGAAGUCCCGUGGGCUUCUUAUGUUCACUUUGGAUACAGGUUGUCCGUAUUCAGUCUGCCAGGGAGAUAUUGUCAGGCGGCGGCUACAUUCGUUACAAUUGCCGCACUUCAUUUAUUCCUAAUUAGCCCGCAAGCUUAGAAGAUAGUUUAGGAAUCGCCUCCUAUGUAACAAUAACGUCACAUGAUUGAUUGAUUGAUUGAUUACUGCGUCAACGCUGACUAGCUCCGAAGCAGUCUCAGAUUCUAGAUCUGACAGUUCCUGACAGAAGCAAUCCCUUCGAUCUAAUUUACGCUGCUGUUCUUGGAUCAUCUUAACCACGGUCACGCCCGUCUCAUCUCAGAUUCUACGUAGCGCCGUAAAUAGAGUAACCUAGUUCACAUUUAAGUACUUCACAUAUCUUCAAACUCCCAGCUCACGUAUAUGAAGAUGCGAAGUAUAAAAAUUAGGCAAUAAUUAGUUGCUCAAAUGUCUGAUCAAUGGUGACGUUUUAAAAGAGUAUGGACACACUUGAUAGAGACUUUGCUGUUUCCCUUAAUAUCUUUUUCGAUAUCUCCGAAUCCAUUUUUUGAAAUUGUUGGAGGUUAUCUUUUCCAUGCGAUCUCAAAUACUACUGUACUAGUUUCCUGAUUGACUAUAGAUAGACGGAUUUUUGAGUGCAUUGCUCAUGUCACUCAGUCAAGACGCUCUCUUUCUCUCUUUUUUCGUCAUAUUUCGCUCGUCCCCCGUCAUUUAUGUUCUUAUUUCUUUUAAUCACAAAUGCCAGGUAUGUGCUCUCUACGUCUUGUAUGGUGCUGCGCGCAGAUAGUAAAUCCAGGUAAUCUCGUUUAUAAUCAUCACUUCCCCAUGUGCCUCAAACAGAAUUUUGCCUGAAGCCGAAGGGUUCUUUGUAACACUCUUCAUUUAAAAUGAAUUUCCAGACAUAAUGAUCCGAGUGCCUGGGAUCAGCAUCCGCACAAUACCUUCUUCAUCGAUUGUAUAGCAGGUGACGCCAUAGCAGUGCGUGUUUAACCUCGUGAGUAGCAGAAUAAUUCGACUGCUUUUAUAGCAUCGGCACACGGGGUAGGAAAUGCUCAGAGAGGCUGUAUCACGAUUGCUCUGAGUUUCAAGAAAAUGUAGUGGUCGAGAGUUUCAGAAAUGUGCAGACCUCAUCAAUGCCGCAGGAUUGUAAAGGAGUUUUUUUAAAAUUGCAGCGGAGUCAAGUAAUUCUCAAAGAGGGGGGAAGAAGGUGAUGUCACACACGAUAGGAUGGCGAAUGGCCGCCUGGUGAGAGGCAGCACGACAAGAGCGCAUGCAAAAAUGGCGCGUAAGGCCCUGAAAUUUCGAGCGAUGACGUGACAAGCAUCUCACAACAGCACUAAUCUUCCGAACGACGACAAUUGCGGAUGCCAAAGAGAAGCCUGUGGAAUCCGAUUCUACAUUGCCUAAUUUGGAACUAAGCCCUGUCGCUGUUCCCUCUGCAAGCAACCUGCGACUUGUUUGUAGGCAUGCUGGCGUUAGUGGCGGCGAUCGCCAGAUUCUUACCCGUAACCAUCAAGCGUGGAAUCGCUCGGAGCACACAUGACGUAUCUCUUUGGAGCUACCGCUGAAUUGGUUUUGAUUCUAGUUUUUGUUGAACAAGAUGGAUGCUUCCAGAGAGAAGUAUUUUCUGAUGAGUAAGAAAAUGUCCACCAAGGGCGCCGAAAAGUUAAGAGGAAAACACUUCUCUGCAGUCUUCCCAACUGUUUGGUUGAUUAAGCUUAGGUCUAUCUGUAGAAAUUCAAGGAGCCUGAAAGCGUCAAAUACAACUGAACUUGUCAUUCCUGACUCUUCGCUGUUUCUUCCUAAGGUCGUAGAGAACUGCUACAAACAUGGAGCACUGAAAUCUGGAAUUUAUACCUUCAGUCCUGUUCAACAUCCACAGGCCGUAACAAAUACUGAACCUUCCAAUCCAUGGCUUGAGUAUCGCGUUGCUAACGCGGUUACUGCUUCUUCAACUCAAGGCUUGAGGAGCAAGAUGGCAUCCUCGGAAGGAACCACUAGGUUUACUCCAUUGGCCUCUGUCGCCAACACUUCAUCCUCUAGAGCUUCUAUAUUUUCCAGAUGCUUGAGCAAGUUAACAUCCUCCUCAAGGCUAAGGGGCUUGAGCAAGUUGGUGGGAGAUCAAUCUGUUUCAAGGAAGAGAUCGAAUUCUUCGGAACAAUUCCGAAAGACCACUACCCCGACUCGAAGAGCGAGGUUCUCGGUAGGAUGUGGCAGCACUUCACGUCGACGUUCUCGCCGCAGCAGCCUGCAGCUAGAGGAGUCGGCACUGAUUGGGAUGGAUAUAGGUUCAGGGCUUGAUUGCAUUGAGGAAGGAAAGGUUUUUAAGGAUUCUUGGCCCACGAAAUCAAAGCCAUGGUUGACUGCGAAUCCAAUUCCAUGGAGCGGCGAGCCUAAAAAUGGCGAAGUGGUCAAGAAUCAAAUGGUCAUGAAGAAGUUUACUAGAAACAGGGAAGUCAGAGGAGUGAAGGUGAAGUCCCCAGUAAAAUUGAAAUCUGGGUGUAAUCCCACACUCGGUCAUCUGUUCUCUGCUGAAGCCGAUACAGAUUCCCCAAAAAAGAUCAACCCAGAAACUAAAGAAGAGCCAGAGGUUCUUAUUGACAACCCAAAGAUGUGUACUUUUCCGUGGAGGUCAACUUCUUUCGGUACUGAUUGCAACUUCAAGGCUCCUCGGUCAGGUUCUGAAUGUGGAUUUGGAUCAUCAGAAAGGAAACCAACAUCUUUCCUUUCAGAGUUCGAGCCACCAGCGACUUGCAAGGAAGGAUUAGAUGAUUGCAAUUUCUCGAAUGGUCAGAGCUUACUGAAGCAGAAAGUGCUUCCAGCUGAGUGGCUGCGUGAAGGCUCAAAGUCGUUGAGGGAUCAACAGAAGACUAACACGAAACUUAGGGAUGAAAGUGAAAUGAAGCUUCUUGCAUCUCUUCAUCAAGCUUUAGAUAGUAGCAAUCUUCAGAGGCUGAUUGGGGAUGAGGAUGACGGUGAUCCUGGUAAUGAAUCCAUUUUGAUCGGUUCCACAUGCGAGCCCCACAACUCGCCUGCGUUCGAGAGCUUUCUUGAAUCCUCCGCCAAGGCCUGGGGUGUCAAGUUUCCUAUUCACAGGGAUAAUUAUGCUAAGAGUAAUGAGUUAGGUUCCACCGGUGACAAGAGUAGAGAGCUGCAUUGCAUCACUGUACAGCCAGCAUCUCAACUCGAGGACCCGAGAGAACCAGCAUGUGAGCGGAACAGGGUAGAGAGAAAGAUUCCCCGUGCUGCACGAAAUAAUUUGUCCUGGAUCGCCAAGAGACAGAAAGCCAAGUACCCUGGUAACAAAAAGGUUUUUAAGAAGCCAUCCCCAUCUCGAAAACUUGUUCCAAAGGAUCUUCUCGAAGAGAGAAACAUUCUUGCGCAUUGCGAGGAGAGCAUGAUAGAUCCAGAGCUUCAUGAAGAUCUCAACCAUGCCAGAAGAAAGUUCAACGAGGCGAAAAGACGGACCAAGCAGCGGCGGUCAACGCAUAUAGCUUCUGUUCCCUCUCCACCUGCUCCUUCUACCAAGCAACUGGCAAGUGCUCCCAAGGAGAGAGUGGCUAUUGUGGUUGAAAGCUCUUACGAUCCUUAUAAUGACUUCCGCCAGUCCAUGAUUGAGAUGAUUGUUGACCAAGACAUUAAGGAAGCAGACGACUUGGAGGAGCUUUUGAAGUGCUACUUAUCGCUCAAUGAGGCGGAGCACCAUAACGUUAUUGUAGAUGUCUUCACUGAUGUUUGGCACGAGAUUUUCGAAAGCAAAAUUUAGGAGCUUCUUGGUAAGGGUAUUCAAACGUUGCCCUGUUCAGAGAAAAGAUCUUUUGUGAGCGGGGUCAAAGAAAAGAUCGUUCCUCGCCGUUCAGAGAAGAUCCAUGCACUGGAAAGUUCCGACAUUUCUUUCAGGGACAGGUGUUCAGCGUGUGAUGAAUUGGUGUUUUGGAAGCACUUUCGUCUCGACACACCAUCAUUCAACUUCACAAGGGUAUGUGUGCACACCCUUAAAACGCUGGAAUUCCACAUAUAUUGCCCUCCGAAACGCUCAUUUUCUCAUUCUGGAAUGCACGUAUAUUGUGAUUUAGCAGCAUAAGUGGAAGUUCAUUGGACAUUCGAAAACAGGGAUGUGUACUAUAAUAGGAUAAAGACAUGAAGAUUCUCAUUUUUUUCCACGCUGGAGCAAAAGCAGUGGACCGUGAAAAUAGGAUUUUAUCAAAGGAUUCGGACUCAAACGCUGGCUUUCUCUGCAUGUAGGGAGGAAGAUUAGUAGACACUUAUUCAAGUAGUGGCCUUCAGAGGAAUUGGGUGAAAAAAGUUGAACGGAAUCAUGUUAGAGUGAUACUUUGCUUCCAAGGCAUUGAAUUCUGAAACCAUAAGAUAUUGGUGAAUUGGUGUUGGGCGAUGCCAUGACAAGGAUAGCAUCCUCCAUUUCAGCUGUGAAGAAGCUGUUCUAGCCUCACCUCUAUUCGGAUCCAAGUGACAGAAACCUGUGAAAAUGGCUUUCAAUCAAUUCGACGAUCAAAUUCUUAGUCUGAUUUUGCUACUGUAUUCUGAAAUACAUGUGUAUUUUUUUUCCAAAAUUUAGGUGAAUUUUCCAAUUCAUGAGUAACA